AUGAACGCCACGGACCCGAGCGCCCAGAGCGUGCAUGGCGUGAACCCGCAGACGCUUAUAGAGAAGAUCAUGCGAAACCGCAUUUACGCAAGCAUCUAUUGGAAGGAGCAGUGUUUUGGACUAACGGCAGAGACUCUCGUGGACAAGGCUGUCGAGCUGUCGGAAUUUGGGGGCACUUAUGGUGGCAAUCAGCAACCGACCCAUUUUUUGUGUCUUUUGCUCAAAAUGCUGCAGCUGCAGCCGGAAAUUGAGGUCGUCCAGCAAUUCAUUGAGAACGAGGACUAUAAAUAUGUGACCGUUUUAGGUGCUGUUUAUCUGCGACUUGUGGGCAAACCCAUGGAAGUGUACAAGUUACUGGAACCACUGCUAAGUGAUUACCGCAAGAUCCGUAAACGAAAUGUCAUGGGCUGGGAGAUGACGCACGUGGACGAGGUGGCUGACGCUUUACUUACGGAAGAGUAUUUCAUGGAUUUGGCUCUGCCGAGACUCGUGGACCGGGAGUUGCUUGAGAAAAACGAGGGGUUGGCACCACGGAGAAGUCCAUUGGAGGAUGAAUUGGACGCAUCGAGUAGUGAUAGUGAUAGUAGUGACAACAGUGGAGAAGAAGAGUGA